CUGGCAGAUCGAGAAUAAAACGUUAUCACGUGACUGUCCCACCCUGGUGUCUUCUGUAGUGUGACAAGAUGGCGGGUGAAUUUACUCCUGAUCAGCUCAAGGAAUUAUGCGAUGUAUUUGAAACGAUUGAUACAGAGGGAGAUGGCUUUAUACAGUUGGGAGAAUUGGGUGCAGCGUUUAAAUGUGUUGGUAUUGAUCUACCAGGAUAUGCCAUUCGAGAUCUCGUAAAACAAUAUGAUCAAAAUCAAGAUGGUAAACUAAGCAUGCAAGAAUUUAAAUCAUUAUUUAAAAAAGAAAGAGAAAGGUUAGAUUUUGGUUCUAAGUUUAAAACAAUGGUUCAGACUAGAGCUGGUAUAAAAACACAUGGCGGUACUUCACAAGCCUCAUCUGAAGGAACAACACAUUCUGUUCGUGAUGGAGAAGCAACAGCUUUCUCUAACUGGAUUAAUCGAAAUUUAGCGGAAGAUGCUGAUUGUAAAAAAUAUUUACCCAUUGAUUCGGCUGAAGGUUUAUAUAAAUCUUGUUUUGAUGGAAUUAUUUUAUGUAAACUUAUCAAUCAAUCAGUACCAGACACAAUAUCCGAAGAUGCUAUAAAUAAAACCAAUCUUAGUGUCUACAGACGAUCAGAAAAUAUCACACUGGCUCUCAAUUCAGCUGCUUCUAUUGGUUGUAAUAUUGUUAAUAUAGAUGCUGUUGAUGUUCAGGAAGGAAAACCACAUUUAAUUCUAGGUGUAUUAUGGCAGAUUAUUCGCAUUGGUCUACUAAGUGACAUAAAUCUGGCCCACAAUCCUGGUCUGGUAGCAUUGUUAUUAGAAGGCGAAGAAAUCAGUGAUUUACAGAAAUUAUCGCCUGAACAGAUUUUAUUACGCUGGGUCAAUUAUCAUUUGGAUCGAGCUGGUGCUAACCGAUCUAUUAAAAACUUCACUGAAGAUAUCAAGGAUUCCGAAGCUUAUACCCACUUAUUAAACCAAAUAGCUCCUCGAGAUGCUAACGUUACAUUAGGUCCCUUAAAUACACCAGCUGGACGAGAAAGAGCUGAAGCUAUGUUAUGUGAAGCUGAUAAAAUCGGUUGUCGAAGUUUUGUCGGAGCUAAAGACGUGACAGAUGGUAAUGCCAAAUUAAAUCUGGCUUUUGUGGCCAACUUGUUCAAUAACUACCCAGCUUUGGAUAAAGUGGACAAUUUAGAAGAUUUUGAAGCCAUCGAAGAAACAAGAGAAGAAAAGACCUAUAGAAACUGGAUGAAUAGUAUGGGUGUUAAUCCUCAUGUACAUCAUUUAUAUACAGACAUUAGAGAUUGUUUAGUUAUAUUUAAAAUAUUGGAUAUUAUACAACCAGGAGUAGUAAACUGGAAUAAAGUUGUCCAGAAAUUCUCCAAAAUGAAAGUCAACUUUGAAAAGCUAGAGAACUGUAAUUAUGCUGUAGAGUUAGGUAUUAAACAGAAAUUUUCACUUAUUGGUAUUGGUGGACAGGAUAUGCUUGAAGGAAAUCCAACAUUAACACUUGCAUACGUAUGGCAACUAAUGAAAGCAUAUACACUGUCUAUAUUAAGUAAACUGAAGGAUGGUAAUACCAAUGGAAAUUCUAUUAUUGCUGAUCAAGAAAUCAUUGACUGGGCCAAUAAAAAGAUGGCAGGUAGAGCAAAGUUUUCAAGUUUUAAAGAUCCAAGCUUAGGUGAUGGUAUUACGGUGUUAACAUUAAUAGAUUCUUUAAGACCUAAAACUGUCAACUGGGAUGUUGUUAAGAAAACAGGUUUAACACCAGAGAUCCGUAUGGCUAAUGCUAAAUACGCUGUGUCGAUGGCCCGAAAAAUAGGAGCAAGAGUAUACGCCUUACCCGAAGAUAUUGUGGAAGUUAAACCCAAAAUGAUCAUGACUAUUUUCGCUUGUCUCAUGUCUCAGGACCCAGAUUUCAAAGGACGGGGAAUGACCAGUGGAAUGGAGGGUUAAAAAAACAAAAACAAUUACAAAACUACAGAUCUACUUUAUAAACUACAAAAAAUUCUGCAAUUGAUAAUUUGAGGCAAUGUUUGUAAAUAUAUAAAUAGAAAGAGUCUUAUUUUAACACAAAAAUUAUCAUCAUACAAAUCAAUUUCACCUCAUUAAAUUUCUCUCUAGAUUUUAAUACCUUUGAACAAUGAGUCACAUUCUGGAACACUGCAACGUCUAAUAAAGAGAUUAAAUUAGAAGCUCGGAAUUGACGUAUUCAGUGUUAAGAAUUAUGCUAUCGUUUUGUUUUUAGUUAUUGAGUGUAUUGUAUCGACCAGAAUAAUUAAGUUUUACCUAGAUUAACCAAUAUAUAUCUAGUAUGUAGCAGUAUUAUGAUAUAUAUUCCAUAUUAUAUUUAGUAUGUAAUUAUAUAUUGUAUUUGAUAUAUAUACACAAAACAUAUAUCUAAGUAAGUUUUUAAUAUAUAGUUUUGUGAUUACUGCUAAACAGUAUAUCAAAUAAUAGAAAUACUGCUUAAAAUAAAAUUAUACUUUAUAAUUCACCAUCAGAAAAAACAACCUUGUUAUGAUUUAAUUUUUUAGAUAUCAGUUAUUUUUGUUAAUUGAAUUUUUAAAUGGAAUGGUAAUAACUAAAAAUAUUGAACCAAUAUUGUAAGUGACAGUAUAAGGACUAUUAGAAUGAAUAAUAAUAAAGUAAUAACAGUUGUUGCUAAGUUGAUAUGUGGUAGUUGAAUACAUUUGUUAUUGACUGUAUAUAAUUUCCCUUAACAUUAUGAAAGUUGCCUUACCCUUAUGAAUCCAGGUAUUUUAGUAUUUUAGUAAAUGUCGUGGUCACACUUGACAAUUGAUCAAAUAUUUUACUUAUUACUAUAAACAAAAGUAUUCUGUUAUUGAACUAUUAUAUUCUGUGUCUUUUAGUUCUAAUAUAAAACAGUAUGCAUAAUUAACAGCUUUGGGGAUUUGUUUUAUUAUUUUGUUGUAAAGAUAUUUAAUUUUAAAUAAUCUAGCUUAUGAUGUUAAGUUUUUAUUUUUUUAAUCUAACAGAACUGGCAUGCAAAAUACUAGGUCUAAUAUAGCUAAUGUACAACUUUAAUAAAUCUGAGAUAGAGACAGAUUUUUUUCUCCAAAGCUUGACGAAAUUGCUUUAUUAUUAACCUACAUAUCAAAAAUCCAUUUCUAUAUUCUGUAAACUUAAUUAAUAUGUAAAUAUAUAUUCGGUAGAUUGUUUCUGAAACAGGACCAUUGUAUGUAUAUGUAUGAUAAUAUGAUGUCGGUAGAAGAUAUGGUUUCAUUAAGACUAAAUUUGUUGCUUUUUUUUAUGGAGGUGAUGAUCAACAUUUUAAGACGUCAGAUGAACAAAUUCUUACUAUUAUAUGUCUUAAUUUGUUAGUUCCUUUUUUAUUUUUGAUGUUAUUUAAUCAGAUAUGUAUCUUAUAGUUUAGCUGUUAUCUUAUAUUGACAGCUCUAUAGUCUAUUCCAUUUCAUUUUUAUGUAAACCAGUUUAUUUUGUUUUGCUGCUAUCACUUAUACAAAUUAAUAUAUUCAGUAAUUCCAGAUUUAUUUUUUAAGCAAAUAGAACAUGGGACCACAGAGUUUCUGAAUAAACAUUUAUCAUAUUAA